UCCUCCAAUCCCUCGCCCUCCCCCAAUCCCUCGCCCUCCCCCAAUCCUCUUCUUUCUCUGCUUCUUCGACCUCCGAUCAGUCGCCGGCAAUCGCAAAAACCCUAGCCCAACUCAAAAGAUGACCACGUACGGCACAAUCCCGACCUCCUCCGCCUCCUCGGCGCCGGCCAACCUCGAGUUCAUCUCCCGCGCGAAGGAGCGGAUCAAGUCCGGCCUCGCCGAGCGCCGCCCGUGGAAGCUCAUGCUCGACAUCCGCUCCCUCAGGCUCCCCUCCAGCUUCCCCGACGCCCUCUCCAGAGUGCGGACCAACCUCUCCUUCUUCCGCACCAACUACGCCAUGGUCUUCCUCUUCAUCCUCUUCCUCAGCCUCCUCUGGCACCCGAUCUCGCUCAUCGUCUUCAUCGUCAUGAUGGCCGCGUGGCUCUUCCUCUACUUCCUCCGGGACGAGCCCCUCGCGGUGUUCGGCCGCACGAUCGACGACCGCGUGGUCCUGGCCGUGAUGUCGGUGCUGACGAUCGUGUUCCUGCUGCUGACGCACGCGACGGUGAACAUCCUGGUGGCGAUCCUGAUCGGGGCCGUCGUGGUGGUGCUGCACGCGGCGAUGAGGAAGACGGACGACCUGUCCGCGGACGAGGAAGCCGCGGGGACGCGUGGGUUGAUGGGGAGCGUCGGAUCUCCGUCUUCGUGACCCUUUGGACUGUUAGUUGUGACUUAAAUUUUUUGGUUUUUUCCCUCUAUUUCUUUCCUUUUACCCAGAUUCUCCAUCUAUUUGUAAUUUGUUUCCUUUUUUUUUUUUCCAAAUUGGAGUGGGUUGGACUUGGUUUUUGUAUAACA